AUGGUUUCCACUAUGGGUUCAUUCCGCUUGGACACUUCAAAUGCUAAACGGUCCGUUUAUGAUACUUUUUUCAAAGAUAGUUUGGGAACAGGAUACUUGUUAAAAGGUGUCAUAUUGUCAUUCUUACAUCGAUAUAAUGAAGCUCACGAAGCGCUGGAUGAAGUUCUUUGCAUGACUGAUUACAAGGAUUAUCAGUUAGAGUCUCGUUUACAUUUUCGAGCUAACGCAGCAAUAUCGUCACUUAAGCAAAUGGAUGAUGGUAUUAUAUUAAAAAAGGAAUCAAAAAAAUUAUCAAUAUUAAAUAAAAAGACCAACGAAAUUCGUUAUUAA